CGGAAGCUUCCGGUCCGUAUAAGACGUCUGGUGCGCAUGCGUGAAGCCCUCUUUCACUGUGGGGAUAAUGGCGGGCGAAGCGGAAAAAAAGGUUCCCUCGGUCCCCGAAAGCCUCUUGAAGAAGAGGAAGCGCCAUGCUGUCAUCAAGGCCAAGCGCAUCAAGGCCCAGAGUGCUGAGAAGAAGGCCCGCAGAGUCACGAGGAAGCUCAUCCUCAAGAGAGCGGAGAGUUACCACAAGGAAUACAGGGAGCUGUACAGGCGCGAGGUCCGCUUGAGCAGGAUGGCUCGCAAAGCAGGCAACUUCUACGUCCCCGCCGAACCCAAGCUGGCUUUCGUCGUCAGAAUCAGAGGUAUCAAUGGUGUCAGCCCUAAAGUGCGCAAGGUGCUUCAGCUCCUGCGUCUUCGCCAGAUCUUCAACGGCGUCUUUGUAAAGCUCAACAAGGCGUCUAUCAACAUGCUGAGAAUCGCAGAGCCCUACAUCGCCUGGGGAUAUCCCAAUCUGAAAUCUGUGCGCGAGCUGAUCUACAAGCGUGGAUAUGGCAAGAUCAAUAAGCAGCGCAUUCCUCUGACAGACAAUUCACUCAUUGAGAAGAGCCUUGGUCGCUCUGGAAUCAUCUGCAUUGAGGAUCUUAUUCAUGAGAUCUACACGGUUGGAAAGAACUUCAAAGCUGCCAACAACUUCCUCUGGCCAUUCAAGCUGUCCUCUCCCCGUGGUGGCAUGAACAAGAAGACCACUCACUUUGUGGAGGGUGGAGACGCUGGAAACCGUGAGGACCAGAUUAACAGACUGAUCAGGAAGAUGAACUAAGACCACACAUGGUGCACCGGGACGUUUUUCCAUCAAAAGUCGGAAUAAAACAUUUAAUACUCAUA